AUGUUCAAGGCCCUGUCGAGGAAUCCGUCCAUGUCGGGAUAUGCCGUGUCUGGUGUGCCCUCUAGUGCAGACUUUGGCUCCAUGUCGCUCUCGCCGACGACAGUGGUGGCGAUCACGUCGGUUGUGACUGAGACUGUCCAUCCCACGUUGAUCAUCACUGAGGUGACCACCGUGGGAACUUCGCAGCUGGGGACAUCUCUGUCCGCGGGGCAACAGCAGAGUGAGGAAAGUCCUGGUCCAACAAUACAAGCAGCUACCGUCCAGACAGAAGCAAGUCAAACGAGUCAAACGCAGACGGUGCAGCUGGCCUACUCAACUACAUCCCAGCUCACCGUUCUGUCGCCGGAGACCACGGCAACAUGGUCCUGGUCAACGGCUGACUUGGUGUCCUCUUCUUCGCCUGCUGGGCAAACUUCGGUAUCUCUACCUCCUGUGGUAGGACACUCCCUCGGAGAUGGCCAGACAAGUUCUUCAGAGCUGGUGCCAGUACUAUCGUCCUCCACGACCUCUGCAUUGUCCAGCACUGCGUUCUCCACGGCCACGACCAGUUCGGUGCUUGGUGCGACAACCACCAGUCUAACCGCCACCAGUACCCCAACAAGCCGAAGCACGUUGGUCACCUCAAGCCUUGCGGAGACGACUUUUACCUCCGUCUCAAGCCAUUCGUCAUCCUCGUCGCCCUCGUUAUCGCCUUCCUCCUCAUCAAGCGCAGUGAUCACCUCCGGCUCAGAAUCCACCAAUGGCCAAUUCAGCCAUAGCAAUUCGGACUCUCACCUUGGCGCCAUAGUUGGCGGUCCUAUUGGUGGUGCGGUGUUUGUGGCACUUGCCCUUCUCGCCUGCACUCUCUUCCGCCGCAGACGACGACGGGCCCCUACCAAACCCCAGGGUAGCCCGGGAGGAGACCUGCGGCCCAAUAGCAAUGACUCACUAACAACUUUUCGUGGUGUGCAUGGCUGGCAUAGCCAACAAAACAGCCAGUCCGAAUUUCUCAUGGACCCGGUAUUUUCGCCCCGUGGUAACACUGUGCUUUCGGCCCCGGCCCCCAACCAAGAAGUACCCAACAACACCAUGUAUCAGGCCCGGGAUUCCCGGCGAGAUCACUUCUCCGACCCCGAGCUCAGCCCAGUCUCCCCAAUCAUCAACAUACACCCUCCAUCUCGCACGGCGUCCAACUACUCCCAAAGAUCGGGAGAUGGUGGCCUAAAAUUCCUUGAGAAACACGACUUUCACCCAUCCACCCCCAGCUCUCGGUAUGAGAGCAUCUACUACCCCGACGAGGGUUCCUUCACGCCUUCUCUCCCCGAAGAAGAUAAGCUCGCUCCGAGAGAUAAUCGAAAGACGCGUCUUAGUACGCGUAGCGACCCAUUUGAUCUCGAGAUGCCACCAAAGGCCUUGCAUGAAUGGCCUCUGCCACCCCAUCCGACACCAUGGGGUGAUAAAUUUUAG